AUGAUCGAGGCAGAAUUCCUGGAGCCAAAGUAUAUCCUCAAGCACAUGCGAAAGCUUUGCGAAUCAGCGAGAGAGUUUCUUGAGCACCUUGCGCCUGACGGCGGUAACAAAAAGGACGAUAUCCAAAACAUCCAGGAGAUACAGAAGCCGGAUUCGGACUUCACGGAGGAAUACCGCGAUUUCAAUGACGAAUUGAAUGUGCACCUGAAGCACUAUAAGAGCGAAGAACACAGCUACAUUCACGUCAAAGCAGUGCACCGCGUACUCUUUGGUGCACACCCGGAGUUCGCCUCAGCACAAACGGGCCUGGACCUGAUUCUGUACAUGGCCAAUCUUCUUGUUUUCGCAAAGCAGAUGAUCCCUUCGGACAGAAGUGAGAAGCAGAUCUGGAACGCAUUGCGGCAGCUCGAUAACUCUUUCCCGAGCCAGUUCAUGCGCUCACUCGAGCGCGAAAUUGUAUCAACGAUUGCUGGAGACAGUGGCAUGCUACAGGAGACAUUCGAUCUGGCCCUGGAGCUGCGGACACAGCUCGCGAUUCUAGUACUCGAAAAAUCGGCAGGCGAUGGCGACUUCAAUCCCGGAUGA